AUGAUAUGUACAGGGCAGCUAUCGAGGACGCCAGAAACAGAAUCUUCUACAGCCAAGUACCGCAACAUCGAGACUUCCCCCUCCAGUAAGGCUGAUCUUUCUUUAUUAGCUAUCCGAGACAAUUUGCAAGCCAAAGAUGUCUCGAAGGGGAAGGAAAUUAAAAUCUUUCUUCCGGACUCUUCCUAUACUCGACUCGACCGCGAGGUUCUUGGGAAGUAUGGCAUGACAGUUGUUGACGGGGACUUUGGCUGCCAGGCUGGAUUCGUCUUGGCCGACAAGAAAGCACUAGUUGUCGUUUUCGACAUGCCUCCCGAUAUAUUUCCGCUUUUCUGGGAGACAGGCAGACCUGUGGCGUUUCUUUGCGGCACGCCUCUCGAUAAGUACCAUUAUCGAGACAGCCCAAUAUACUUUACCACCCUGCAUGAUCACAAAGGCGAAGUGGUCGAUGUUCCUGCUUCUGGCCCAAUUUGA